GUGGCCCUGCCCCGCACCCCCCUGCGCGCCUUCCCCGAGCUCGGACCGCGCCUCCGACACAAGCAGUGCGGCGCCGCCACGGCCCUGCGCGACCGCCUCGCCCGCGCCCUGGCGGCGUUGCAGCAGGUCCGGGACGCUGUCAGUGGCCGUGUGGGCACCGUUUUCCAGCUGUACGAGGAGGCAGCUGCUGAGCUGGGGCUGGAGGCGGCUGUGCAGCGCUCGGCGCUCAGCCCCUCCUUGGCCGACGCACUGGCGUGGCUGCAGGACGUGGAGCACUAUUACCGGCAGGCGUACCUAGAGUGUAAGCUUCUCCUGCUCCAAGCGCACCACGAGGACUUGUCCGAGCUGGAGGCCCUGCCACAAGCCUGGGAGAGGCUUUUGGAGCGCCACAACCCAGACAUCGUGGAAGACACUCUGCUGAAGGUCUCGCUCUUCCUGGAGACUGGGUGAGAGAUGCGUCCUAACCAGCCAGCAGAGAGGACAGCAGGGACCUCAGAACAAAUCUGUUGAAGUGCCCAGGCCAAGACUUUGCGGAGAACAGAGAGAGAGCGAGCCUGGCUUUGAGUUGGUAGAGAGCAGGGUGCACCCUGCUGUGAGCUAUGUUUUAGGAGGCUUUUGCCAAGUGGGAUGAGCCUGGCAGCCUGUCUGAAGGCUGAGGGGUGUGUAGGCCCUGUUGCAUCGGUAGUCUUGCUUUAGCAGCUGGAGCUGUUCUUGGAGGCCAGAUGAAGGAGGAAAUGGGAGGAAGGUUAUCUUUAGUUCUGGGAGACCCAAUAAUACCUGCUCUCACAGGUGUCUUAGAUAUUAAAGGCAAAACAGUGCACAU